AUGGCCUCACAAAACCGCAACCCAGCUGCUGCCAACGUUGCCACGUUUCAAAAAGGAGCCGAGCCCCGCGGGGGUGCCGCCCAGGGCCCUGUGGGCAAGCAGCUACAGCAGGAACUGAAGAUCCUCACGACGUCUGGUGGCAAAGGAAUCUCCACCUUCCCUGAGUCAGACAACCUGUUCAAAUGGGUUGGGACCAUCCACGGAGCAGCCGGCACCGUAUAUGAAGACCUGAGGUAUAAACUCUCCCUAGGGUUCCCCAGUGGCUACCCUUACAACGCACCCACAGCGAAGUUCCUCACACCCUGCUACCACCCCAACGUGGACACCCAGGGCAACAUCUGCCUGGACAUCCUCAAGGAUAAGUGGUCUGUACUAUAUGAUGUCAGGACCACCUUGCUCUCUAUCCAGAGCCUGCUAGGAGAACCCAACAUCGAUAGCCCUUUGAGCACACGCUGCGGAGCUCUGGAGAACUCCCACAGAGUUUAA